UAAAAAUUUAAUUUUGACUUGCUGAACACUGCAAUGGCUUUAUAUUUCCACUAGAUGCCUCACUUCAGUUUUCGAUGUUAUUCGAUGUUAUGCACUCCAUCCGCUAGGGGGCGGCAUUUGACCGUAACCAUCUGUGACUAUUUUGUAGAGCAAGACAAAGUCGCUGCGGCUUUUUUGGUUUAGUCUCGGUCGAUGGAAGACCGACACCUCGUAUAGGAGGGAGAGUUCGCUGUGCUUCAACUCCGCGGGACUACAUAUCUGCUGCAAUGUUGACACAGAGCUGAAACUAUAAAUUUACCGGUUCUGAUACAUGACAGUAUACCCUAGGCAUGGAGCUCCACAAAUCUGUGACCUUGUGGAUAUUUUGUUUGUGCCUCAUUGGAGAAAGUGUGACUGAAAAGCAAAGUUCACCCACUCCAGACAGUCAAAUAGUUGAAAACGGUUUGUCAGACCUCUGUCGAUUUGACGAGCCACUGUGCAAAGACGACAAUGCCGUUCUGAGCUUUGAGGCUAUUCGUAGUAUCCAUAAGCAGAUGGACGAUGAUGCAAACGGCAAUGUAGAUGUGGCAGAGACAGACGGGUUCCUCAGAGAGGAUCUUAACUACCAUGACCCCAAGGCUAAGCACAACAGCUUCCACGGGGAUGACCAGUUCAUCAGCGUGGAGGACUUGUGGAACGCGUGGAAAGUUUCUGAAGUGUAUAAUUGGACUGUGGAUGAGGUGGUGGAGUGGCUCAUCACCUAUGUUGAACUGCCGCAAUAUGUGGAUGCAUUUCGCAAGAUGAAUUUUAAUGGAAGUGCUAUGCCAAGGCUUGCUGUAAAGAACACCACUCUGACACACACUAUUCUGAAGAUUUUGGAUCGCAGCCACGUGCAAAAGUUGCAGCUGAAAGCGUUGGACACUGUACUUUUUGGAGCACCCAUGAUGAAUAGACAUAACCACUUGAAGGACUUCAUGCUGGUGGUGUCUAUAGUCAUAGGGAUGGGUGGAUGCUGGUUUGCCUACAUACAGAACCGCUACUCAAAGGACCACAUGAAGAAGAUGAUGAAAGACCUGGAGGGCCUGCAGAGAGCUGAGCAGAGUCUGCAUGACCUACAACAGAAACUGCAGAUUGCCCAGGAGGAGCACCGAACGGUGGAAGUAGAGAAAGUGAACCUGGAGCAGAAGCUGCGAGAUGAAAUAAACACAGCAAAGCAAGAGGCCCAACGACUAAGAGAGCUGCGAGAAGGCACAGAGAAUGAACUGAGUCGCCAAAAGUAUGCAGAAGAAGAGCUAGAACAGGUGCGCAUGGCUCUGAAGAAAGCAGAGAAAGAACUGGAGUCACGAACUGGCUGGUCCCCACCAGAGUCUCUUCAAAAGUGGCUGCAGCUCACUCAUGAGGUGGAGGUGCAGUACUACAACAUCAAGAAGCAGAAUGCUGAACGGCAGCUCCUAGUGGCCAAAGAAGGGGCAGAGAAGAUAAAGAAAAAGAGGAACACUCUCUUUGGUACUUUCCAUGUGGCUCACAGCUCUUCUCUGGAUGAUGUGGACCACAAAAUACUGGCAGCAAAACAAGCCCUCGGUGAGGUGACGGCUGCUUUGCGGGAGAGGCUGCAUCGCUGGCAGCAGAUUGAGAUCCUCACAGGGUUUACUAUCGUUAACAACCCAGGCCUUCCUUCACUGGCCACAGCUCUCAACCUCGAUCCCAGCUUCAUGGGCGGCAGAGCCACACCUCAGCACUUCGUCAUGUCUGACGACUUAGAUGACCUGGACGAGGGCAUCCUACCCGGAAGUCUGCAAUAUGGCAGCCUACAUCUGGAGCGACGAGCCAGUGAUCUGUGGUCCAUUGCUUCAGACUGUCAGCCGAUGUGGAAAUAUCCUGCUCCCAGUAUGAUGUCUCUGCGCCAACGACACUUUGACCCCCAGCUGGCCAUGGGCUCCCAGAGGUUGGUAGAGAGUUCCCUGCUCUCAGGGCAGCAAGGAGAGGGUACCCCCCACCCAACCAGGCCUAAGGCUAUUUUCAGAAAGUCCCGCAGCCAGUCAUCCGGGCAGCUUGAGUGUCUUCCUCUGCCUUCUCUUUCCUCGGCUGUUUCUCACCCAUCAGUCAUCUGUACUUCCAGUCCGAACCCUCAGCCCGUGCUGCCCUUGUCCUCUUCUUCCUCCUGCUUACCCAGCUCUGUGGCUGGUGUAGCCUUUCAUUCCAGCCAUUCAUAUCAUGCUUCCUUCCAGCCCAUGGACCCCAUUCACGAUUUGUCGUUUUCAGACGUCUCGAAAGUGCUCUCUUCAUGCACCGACGGUUUUGGGGACUUGAAUCGCUCUGAUUCCGACUCCUCGCUCUCUCUCUCCCAAGUUGGUGAUCGGCUGUCGGCCUACAGCUCCAAAGGCCACCUAAACAAGCCCACCUCUCUCAUGCACGGGCUCUCCAGCCGGGCAGAUGAUUCAGUCUCUCUGCAUUCUCACACCCCCAAUGGAGGGAACCGCAUUUAUGAGGGAGGCAUUGCAGAGCCCAUGUCCGACAGCCCAAUACUCAUGAAGGAGAUUUACGGCAUGGAGAAGUCACCCAGCUUGGGAGAGAUCAACAGCCUGUCAGAGUCAUCCCGCUCUUUCAGUCCUAACUCCACUGAACCAGAUACACCAUCGCCUACAGGAGGGCAAAGUGGGGUCGUGGGGGCAAAAGGCAGCAGUCGGAUCCCACAGCUGUCCUCCAAGAAGAGCCCCCUGGAGGAAGACAGUUGCUCAACAGGAGAAGACACAGAUUCCACUGCCAGUCGCAAGAAACACACCUUCAAGAUCUUCAAGAAACAGAAAAAAUAAGAGCUACAUGAACUAAAGGCUGUCAAAGCUGUUUGACUGUAUUCCUCUGCCUGUUCUGUCAUUUUUGUUUCAGUUUGUUUUGUUGUUUUUCUUUGUUUUUUGGUUGUUUUGUUGUUGGGGUUCAUUAAUGGUCAAAUGAUGGUACAUAUUUUGCCAUUACAUUAUUGUGUAGGUUACAACACCUACAGUGAGAGACUAGGAGCAACCAACUGUUUCUUUAUCUGCUUAAUUCAAUGUUAAAUAUGUGGGUAGUGAACAGGUUUGUAUAUUGGAAUUUAAAGUAUUAUUUAUUCCUGCAGGAAAUUGUGCCAGUCUGAAAGGGAACUUUCUCCCUCCUUUUUUUUUUUUCUUGUUCGACAAUCUAUAACAUUUUGCAUGUCUUUACUUUUGUUCGACUGAUGCUCGAAUGCUCUUAGUGUUUGCUUGGUUCUUGUUGUUAACCUGCUUAGAAAACACUUGCUGUUUCUUUGAUUGCUACCUAACCACCUAUCCUACAAAUCCAAAGUGAAUGUGCACUCUUAUUUAUUUAUUUUUUCCCUCUUCCACUGUGUUCCUUGUUUUUAUCAAUAGGUACAACUUUUUUUUUUGGUCAUUUAUGGUCUUGUUGGCAUAAUAAAGGGCACAUUCAAGGGAACUUUAAGCAGAAAAAAGCAUUGAUAGUAUAGCGACUUAAAUUUCACCUUUGGCUGUCCAAAAAGGUUAUUUUAAUGCAGCAUAUGGAAUAGUUGCUAAUGGAUGUGAUUGACUGUCCCAAAAGCACAUCUUCCUAUAAUGUUAUAAAAGGACAAUCAAAAUGCAGUUAGCCAUUUUGCUUUAAGGGUUUUUAAUAUUGAUAUUACAGUAUAUGUGAUCAGUGGAGUGUGAGGUCCAUCUCUUCGGUCUAUUGCUAAAAUACUGGCUACAAUUAACUGUAUUAAAAAAAAAAUUCCCCUCCUCGGAAGAAACAUUACCAAAUUGUUUGCUAUAAAAGUCUAAAAAAUGCAAAGAAUUACAUAAUAACUACAUUAACAUUUAAAUUAGGAUACACUUUUGAUAAGGAAUGCCUGACAAGUAAAUAAUAGAGUAAACAUGAUAACUAAUGUCAGCUUGGUGAACAGGGUGAAGGUUAAAAAUCCGAGUAAAGUAGAGACAAAUCUGCGUUCUUUGUCAUAUUACAAAUAAUACAAAGUUUACAUGAACCAUCAAGUCAAAAUGGAAAUUAAGUAUGACUGCAGUUCAUUAUUGAGAGAUAUCUGACUCGCUUAGAUAAAAUGUGCUCAUGGUGCAAACAAAGCUGUUUUAACUGAAUCAAUCUGCUUUGAUGUAAAAUCACAGCUGCACACUGCAGUUAUUGAAUAAGUUUCUAAGCUGUAGAAAAAUGAACUUUCCAGAUGUGGACCAAGUUGACAGCACUUAAAUCGUUUUCAAACUGACCUGUGAAAAUUAAGCCAGGUGUUGGCUGUGAUCCUGAACUCAAUCCACUGGAUGUCCACUUAACCUCUGUUUAUUGAGAAGUUGCACAGCUCUCUCACCUCAGUCCAGUUUAGGCUCUUCACAAGUUCUGCAAAUGAUUCCAUCCAGGGAAUGAAGGCAGAAAAGUUAGCUAGCUAGUUAUCCGAUGGAUAGCUGGGGACUUCAGUCUCUGACUCUUGAGUCUAAUGUGUCAUUGGGCUUUUUUCAUUACUUUAAAUAUUUACUUGCUGUGUCAUGGAGACAUGAUUUUAAACCCGUAUCACAUCCUGAACAUAACACCAAUAGAUUCAGUGGAACACUGUUUUCGGCGUGCAUCCAUGCAGAUUUCUGAAUUUGCUUUACUUGGAUUUUAACUGGUAUUUGCUAUCUCGUGUUUUAUUGUUUCUCCUUUUUAGGUGGGCAGUAAAGCUGUAAAUAUGAUUGUUGGCGAGGGAUGGGUGUUACAAGGGCUAAUGUUACAAGAAAAAUUAUUUACUCUGUGUAAUGUAAAAAUAUUCAGUUUGUAAACACAUAAGGUCAUUUGACUCAACGAGUUGCAGAGGCAAACGACCAAUUGUGUAAAAGUGCCAAAUCCCUACUUCUGUGUCAGAGGCCUUUGUAUGUGUGUUGAAACCUUUGAGUCCCUUUUACACGUAAUACAAAACUGCACGACACAUACAGUGCCGGGUAUCCAGAGUUUAAAUGCACACUGUCAAUGGGUAUUGUUUCUGUAACAGUAUCAUCAGUAUGGUCUGUUUACAUUUGUUACAGAAAAGUUCUAUCUUCAGAUUUAUUACAAAGACUUUUGUGCCAGUUUUAAUGACGGUUGCUUCGUUAAAGCACAGAACUAUGCAUCAGUAGUUGUAGGUGAUUUCUAAAGUAGUAAGGACGCCAGUACUCUUAGGGUGCUCCUGAUGAAUGAACAACCAAAAAGUGCUGCAGAAGACACAAUCCGUCUCCCCCAGCCUCAUAAUGUAACAGGUGGAUUGGAUGUUUAAGACAUGUUUUAAUAUUUUGUUUAAGAAACCAGCUAAAAGACAUCGAUUUCCUACUGGUACUUUUUUAAAGUGUCAUUUGUACCUUUUUUGCACGACAGCUGUAAAUUAGUAAUGCCAUCUGAAUGUAUGGGUGUACGUCUGUGUUUGUCUGCUCCCAGUAUAAUGCACUGUAAUGUUGAUGCAUGUCAACUAUCAUAACGAAACCUAUAUUGGGUUAGAAGAGUGGAUCAGUUUAAGCUCCUAAGUCCCUAACCAUCUUUCUUCCUCUUCAUUUUGAGCUUCUAUCUAUGAAAACAUGCAGUAAAUCUGUACAGAGAAAAUUAUAAUUUUGCAUUUUCUGUGGUGGUCUAGACUUUGAUGGCACUCCUGCAUGAUAGCAAUAAACUAUUUUGAAUGAAA